AUGUACUUUUCGAUUAUUUUGACUUUCUGUCUUAUUGCUGCAUCCCAAGCAGGAAUUUAUCCAGGAAAUGCUUAUGGAAAUAUUUAUGAUGGUGCCCCAGGUCUUGGUUAUGGAUAUGUACAAAAAGCAUAUGAACCAAUAUAUGAAGGACAUGGUGAUCAUUACGCUUAUCCAAAAUACGAGUUCAGUUAUGGAGUAAACGACCCUCACACCGGUGACCACAAAUCCCAACACGAAGAACGUGAUGGCGAUGUUGUCAAAGGUUAUUACACUGUUGCCGAUCCUGAUGGUACCCUCAGAACCGUCCACUACACCGCUGACGACCACAACGGUUUCAACGCAGUUGUAGAAAAAACUGGACACCCUGUGCAUCCGGUUGUAGAAAAGGUUGCCGUGCCUAUUUAUGACAAGCCGGUGUUGCCGGUUUAUCAGAAGGUUUUAUAUGGCGGAUCUCCUUAUGUAGCUGAUGGCCACACUGGCGACGAAAAAGAGCAAUCCGAAGUCCGUGUAGGUGACACAGUCAAAGGCCAAUACUCACUGAAGGAACCUGAUGGCACCAUCAGAGUGGUAAAAUACACAGCUGACCCCCACAACGGUUUCAACGCAGUGGUAUCGAGAAUCGGCCACGCUUCGCAUCCGCAAAUCAUCUCCAAAGUCAUACCCGUAGCCACUCAUGGAAUUGCUCUUGGAGGACACGGUCUGGGUGGUCAUGGAAGCUACUGA